AUGACAGCGUCGAGCAAAACCUUUGACCACAGAACCCAUGCGCAGCACCGUUGGCAGCGAUUCUGGAGCCACGACUCGAAAGGAUACGCGGGAUUCUCUGUCAUCGCAGGUGGCCUUCAUCUCGCAAAAACGAUCAGCUCACACAAGAAAACAACAGCAGGUGUCGCGUUCUUGGCAAAGCGACUGACCAUGACGCUCCCGACACUCAUGGUGUAUCCACUAGUGCUUGGCGUCACGGGUGCCGAGCUACUGGUGUGGGGGGCGUCGUACUUUAGCGCCAAGAAGGACGACAGUACCUCUCGUGCCACGCGUGACGCCAAAUUGGCUCCUGCAGUGUUUGCCGUGUAUGGCACUGCGCUGAAUACCGUGUACCCGUUCGCUGGUCCUUUUCGUCGUGUGCGUGCGUGGGUCCGCCCCGUGAAAUGGGGUGCACUUGGUCUGGUCCUGAAUGCUGCCCUCUCGAAAAUCACCGCGGCGCCAUCUGACGACAAAGACGCAGCAUUGCAGCGCGUCGAGAAGUAG